AAGCGCCCUCUUCCGGUCUGUCUUGCGGCUUUGACAGUCGUGUUUACAUUCGACCAAACAGAUUUUGAUCGAAUUUUCGGCAACAUGAUUCCCACACAGUACAAGAAUGAAAAGGACAUCAGCACCCUGAACGACGCUCUGGCCGACAUCAGCUACAUCGACGGAUACACUCCGAGCCAGAACGAUGUGGUCAUCUUCAACGCCCUGGGCAAGGCACCCCCGACCAAGCUGGCGCACGCCCUCAGAUGGUACAACCACAUCAAGUCGUUCGGCGACGACAAGAAGAAAUUCGCCGCCUCCAAGAAGGCCCUGGCCGGUGGUGCUCCGGCCCCAGCAUCCAAAGCUGAUGACGACGACGAUGUUGAUCUGUUCGGCUCUGAUGAAGAGGACGAAGAAGCAGAGAGGGUGAAGCAACAAAGACUGAAGGAAUACGCUGACAAGAAAAGCAAGAAACCUGCCCUUAUCGCCAAGUCUAGUAUUGUCCUUGAUGUCAAACCUUGGGACGACGAGACUGACAUGAAGGAAUUGGAGAAGCAGGUCCGCACCGUCGAGAUGGAAGGACUUGUCUGGGGAGCUUCCAAACUUGUGCCUGUCGGUUAUGGAAUCCAAAAGCUGCAAAUUAUGUGUGUCGUCGAGGACGAGAAAGUCUCCGUUGAUCUGCUCACAGAAACCAUUCAAGAGUUCGAAGACUUUGUCCAGUCCGUCGACAUUGCCGCAUUCAACAAAAUUUAAGUUUCGAUCAUAAAAUAUUAUUUAAAAUUAUAAUAAAGGUCCCAAUUUUUUCAACAAGAGAA